AUGUAUAAUAGAAUUGAAGAGCGUACGGGAAAUAUUUUGGCCGAGUUCGCUUCAGGAGUAGAAGAAUUCAUGAAUUUUGCAAGCAGUCAGCCAUUAGCGCUUAGCAGUGGUGGUAAGUUUUAUUGCCCUUGUAUAACUUGUCAUAAUGAUAAAUUUCUUACGGGGCGUAAAAUUUGGAACCAUCUGUAUAGUAGAGGAUUUAUGGAAAAUUAUUAUAUAUGGUAUAUGCAUGGGGAAGAACUGGAUGUCGAUUUAGGAACAAGUCAUGUUGAUACAAGUUUUAGUAGUAGUAAUCAAGCAGAAGAUGCUAACGUAGAAGACGAUAAUGUGGAAGAUAGAUAUGUCCAAAUGGUGAAUGAUGCAUUUCCUGAUACCUCCAAUAUUGAUAAUUAUUAUCAAGAGGAUCAGGGUAAUCAAAAUGCAGAAGAACCAAAUAGUGAGGCCAAAAAAUUCUACGACAUGUUAGAUGCUGCAAAAACUCCAUUGUAUGAUGGUUGUCAUGAAGGCCACUCGCAAUUAUUUCUAGCAUCUCGGUACAUGAACCUUCAUGCCGAUAAUAAUAUGACUGAAAGGGGUGUGGAUCAAUGGGCAGAACUCAUAACAGAGUUAUUGCCUGAUGAAAACCACGCAACUGAGUCAUAUUAUGAGAUGGAAAAAUUGAUGCGGAAUCUAGCCCUCCCAUAUCAUACAAUUGACGUGUGUAUUGAGAAUUGUAUGAUCUUCUGGAGAGAAGAUGAAAAGUGGGAUGCAUGUAAAUUUUGCGGAACACCAAGAUAUAAGCCCAGCGAUGGACGAACCAAAAUACCAUACAGCCGUAUGUGGUAUUUACCUAUUGGCGACAGACUGAAGCGUUUGUACCAGAGCGAGAAGACUGCAUCAGCAAUGAGAUGGCAUGCUGAGCAUGAAUCAGCGGAAGGAGAAUGUGUCAUCCUUCAGAUGCGGCUGAGUGGCAAAAUUUUCAACAACUACAUCCUCGCUUCGCCGAGGAACCCCGAAAUGUUUACCUUGGAUUAUGUACAGAUGGAUUUAAUCCAUUUGGCAUGUCCCGUAAUCAUUCGUUAUGGCCUGUGA